AUCAACUCCCGGCAUUUGACUGAAACCUUUGUUACAGUUCAUUCUGACUGAUUCACAGCUCAGAAUUUAGAGCAGAGGGACGUAUGCAUCCAUGCCAGACAGGCAGGCAGGUGUUACCUUACCUGUUGACUCAAGUGGGCAGUGCGUCCUCCUGGCUGUUUCUUGGACACAAGCUGAACAUGGAAUGGGCACCCUCCUUUCCACAUUAGUUGACCUCCACACAUUUUUUUUUUUUUUUAGAAAUGUCCUUUUACUGUGAAAUAUUGUUGAAUAACAGCUUUGCUUGACGAAAAGAGAAAUGUCUGAUAAGAGAGUGUAUUUAGAGUGUCAUCUACUUCCUUUGAGUAAUGCUCAGUACUGGAACAGAGGAUUCUUCUUACUGCUGGUUUGGAAUGGAGAGGAUUUACUCAACCAAUGUGCAAUCCCGUGCUCUGAACUUCUUGACAGUUUGAAGGACAGUCUUAUUUAUGUUUUAAUAGAUGGUUAAGGGCAGCAGUGUUCCGAAUGAAACAAGUCACAGUUGUUCCACAUGACCCCUAAGCAGUCAUGGCAACUGUACAGCUGUGUACUUUAUCAUGGCUCAGUUUCAAAUGGGAAUGAGUUAGACAAAAUAAGCCCUCAGAUAUUUGACAUGCCAAGGGGAAUUUAUGAAGAAUUAGGUCUGGAAUCUUAAAAUGGAAUUUCAAGUACCUAAUUCUCUUCUCCUUCAGAAGAGGAAGGGGGAAACACUGUGUGGAUAAUCAUUUGCAAACUCGCCACAUAUUUAAUUUCAGGUUGUUAUUGGGAUUCAACCUCAUCCAACCUUACUAGUCAUUAGCUAAACUCACCCAAACCUAGGCAUUCUUUUUGUACAAGAGCAGUGUGUGUUGAACUGAACUGAUUUUGCAAAAACUAAGGAAUACAUUUUUGGAAAGGUACAUGUUAUGUGGUCAUUAUUCAUUAACACCCUAAUGCAUACAGAGUAACUAGUGUCAUAAACAGAGAGUUUAUUAUGAUAGCAACUUGACACUCAAGACUACAAGAUUGACAAAAGACAUACCCUUGUUAGCUUGUGGAUUUGCCUGCAUAUUUUCAGCACUGAAUUGCAUAUAGUUAGCUGAGUUAGCUAUUUAGUUUGAUAUGAGCCAGCUUUAUAAAACAAAAGAAAGACAUUUAUUCAACCAAUAACCUACUAAGUUAUGCAUUUGUGACAAAUCCACCUUGAACAAAAUUGCAGAUCUCCUCUCACUAAAGCCAAGUGAUUCUGUCAGUGCCUUCUCCACCGCCCCCACUCCACGCCAUGCCAGCAUCAUGUGAGGGAAGCUCAGCAUUUCGAACCCAUUAUAACGAGUCCUAUGAAAGUCAUGAGACCGACACCAUGCCCUACUGGUCUCCAAUCAGCUCAUCUCAGGCUCGCCAGAUCGCUAGUUUCCAUAGCCAUACCGUUCGGAAUUCUGUCACAUUGUAGGCUGCAUUUAUUUCUGACGAUUAAAUAUUUAAAGACAACUUAUGAAGUUGAAAAAAUAAGACAUGACCAAGUUUGUUUUCACUGGUGUCGUAAAUUAAGGCUAAACUCAUUAUCCCGUCUAUUUGUGAAUAUGCUAUUCCAUUCCACAGACGACUUAUAAAUAUACGGAAAACGUGAGUUAAAAUACCAGCCUAUGUGAAAACUUGUCUGAGCAAAAAAAGAUUGUCUUUUUGAAAAGAUAAUAUUCCUGCAUGCGUGCGGAUUAGUGUCAUCAGCGUGUGACGUAGCGGUCUAGGGCUGGGUUUUUAGAACGCUCUUUUAUAAUACAAACUAGGUGAAACAGAAGACCGUGGUCUCUCCGUCAAGUAGGCUACCCACAAUAUCUGACCACCCGUUCUGCAAAAGCUGCCCAGCUUCUUUAGAAUUAUAGUGGCUGUCUGACGUGGCCGCAAUUAUGUCAUACGGGAGGGCAGACAGCUACCGCUCGCAGCCGCGGGAUUUCAACAACCUCAUUCAGACAUGCAGCACCAACAUCCAGAAAAUCACCCAGAACACUGGGCAGAUGAAAACCAUGCUGUACCAGUUGGGGACGAGACAGGACACACCUGAGCUCCAGGAAAGGCUUCAGCAGGUGCAACACUACACAAAUCAGCUGGCUAAGGAGACUAACAGACACCUGAAGGAACUGGGAUCUCUUCCUCCUCCCCACUCACCUUCAGAGCAGCGUCAGCAGAAGAUCCAAAAGGACCGUCUGAUGAACGACUUCUCAGCAGCCCUCAACAACUUCCAGGUGGUGCAGCGUCGUGCUGCUGAGAAGGAGAGGGAGUCAGUGGCCAGAGCCCGCGCUGGGACCCUCCUGACGGAGGAGGAUGGGCUUCGAAAACCAGAUGAGCAACUUGUGACUUUUGAAAGCAAUGAGGAGAGGAGUCUUAUUCAGACCCAGGCGGAGGAGAUGCCCAUCACAGAGGAGGAUCUAGAGGGCAUCAGAGAAAAAGAGACCAACAUCAGACAGCUAGAGUCAGACAUAAUGGACGUGAACCAGAUUUUCAAAGACCUGGCAGUAAUGAUCCAUGACCAGGGGGAGAUGAUAGACAGCAUUGAGGCGAAUGUGGAGAGUGCAGAGACACAUGUGGACAGAGGGGCUGAACAGCUGCAGCGGGCUGCUUAUUACCAGAGAAAGUCCCGGAAGAGGAAGUGCAUCCUGGCCAUCAUCCUGGCCCUGGCCCUGACCAUACUGGCCAUCAUCAUCUGGCAGGCCUCCAAAUAAAGCACACAGCCAUGCAGAUACAUAGCACAUGCAACGGGAGACAUGUCAGGCUAUGAGUAGAGAUAGAGAGAGAGAGAGAGAGAGUGUGUGUAGGUGUGCAUGCGUGUGUAUGAAAAAGACAGAGAGAGAGAGAGAGAGAGUGUAUUUUAUAGUGAAGGACCAUACAGAGGGGGUGAUGUGUGUGUGUGUGUGUGUGUGUGUUAUGGUGCAGAUCCACUAGCACUUCACUACAUUUUGUCGUGUCGCAUUCCACUCUAGUCCUAUGGGUGACGUCAAGCGACUUUAACACGCCCGCAAAGCAUUCCGGGAAGGCAGCGCUGCAUUUGAAAAUAUGUCGCGUGUCAAAAAGCUGGGCGAUGCCCAUCUUAAUGCAAAUGAAUCCAUCUUACAAGACAAAUAAUGUUUUAACUAUCUCUUCCACGGCCACCUAGUAGUCCAUAAAACAAACGAAACUAGGAUUUGGAUGAAUAUAUUGACUGUUGGUGUUUCUGGUGAGGAUUUGAGAUUGCAUUGAGUAGUUUAAAUAAAGCAA